AUGCAAAUAUACCGUUUGGCCGCCAGGCCUUUGGCGCAGCAGCCGCGCGGGGCAUUUUGGCUGCCCCAGCGGCGGCUCUUCUCCAGCACCUCUGAGUAUGACUUGGUAGUGAUAGGAGGAGGGCCAGGCGGCUAUGUAGCAGCGAUUAAGGCAGCUCAAUUGGGCUUAAAGACUGCAUGUGUAGAGAAGCGGGGGGCCCUUGGAGGCACUUGCUUAAAUGUCGGAUGCAUUCCUUCAAAGGCUCUGCUGAACAUGAGCCACAAAUACAAAGAAGCCUCUUCUGAUUUUAAGAAGUUCGGCAUUCGAGUUGAUGGCGUCUCAGUGGAUAUCCCCACAAUGCAAAGCUUCAAAGACAAAAUUGUAGCGGGGCUCACGCAGGGCAUUGAGGGUCUGUUCAAGAGAAACAAAGUGGAAUACAUCAAAGGCGCAGGGAGAUUGGCGGAUCCGCACACAGUGCAGGUGCACCCGAUUGGCGGGGGCAAUGCUGAGAUGUUGAAGACGAAAAAUAUUAUCUUGGCGACGGGCUCUGAACCUUCUCCUCUUGUCGGGGGAGCUCUUGAGGUCGAUGAAAAGCAGAUUGUCAGCUCAACAGGGGCGCUUUCGCUCUCGCGUGUACCGCGGCAUUUGGCAGUCGUUGGGGGCGGAGUCAUUGGCCUUGAACUCGGCAGUGUCUGGCGAAACAUGGGAGCAGAAGUGACAGUUGUGGAAUUCUGUGAUAAAAUUAUUCCCGCACUGGACGUGGAGAUAGGAAGGGCUUUUCAAAAGUUGCUUGAGAGGCAGGGAAUAAAGUUUAUGUUCAGCACGAAAGUUGUCGGCUCCCAGAAGUCAAAUGAGAAUGACGAAGUGACGUUGGAACUCGAGAACGCGAAAAGUGGAGAUACGUUAAAGCUGCACUGUGACGUCGUUCUCGUGGCUGUUGGCCGCAGGCCAUACACCAGAGACUUGGGUUUGGAGGAGUUGGGCAUAGAGCUGGAUAAGGCAAGAAUAUUUGCCAAUCUGCGCUCCCUCGUUUCGCGCAGCCGGUGCAUCAGGGGCUCCAUAACUACACCGAUUAUGCAGUGCAGCGGUGCAGUUGUUGAUUCCCCCAGGGGGCGUAUUAUGGUGAACGGCCAAAUGCAAGUGCCCAAAUAUCCGCACAUCAUGGCGAUUGGCGACCUCAUUGAAGGCCUUAAAGCAGAAGGCGUCGCCUACAAACGGGGAGCCUUCCCCUUCGCGGCGAACAGCAGGGCACGUCUGGUGAAGGUGUUAACAUGCAAAGAGACGGAUAAGAUUUUGGGUGUGUGGAUCCUUGGUCCGAACGCAGGCGAGCUGAUUGCUGAAGCGGUGUUAGCCAUGGAGUACGGCGCAGCCAGCGAAGACCUUGGGCGUGUUUGCCACGCCCACCCGACUCUUUCAGAAGCUCUGAAGGAAGCAUGCAUGGCCUGUUUCGACAAGCCCAUUCACAUCGCUUAA